UAAAAAAAAAUGUCCAUUUUGUUGCGUGUGCACCUCUUACCAUAAAUUUGAGUCAGCACCAACGACAGCUCUGCAGUCCUUCUAUGUGGUACUGAUCAGGUGGUUGCAGAGCUUCAGCUCACAGCAACACAAUGCAGCUGAGCAGGCAAGCACAGCCCACAGCCAGAAACAGUUCCGACUCUCCAGCAUAAGACGACCUUUAAGCUUUAAGUUUCCCAGAGAAAAUGAGAUGCUGAUAUUGAAGACGACACUACGGCUUUGAUGGAAUAUCAGAUAUUGAAAAUGUCUCUCUGCCUGUUCAUCCUUCUGUUUCUCACACCUGGUAUUUUAUGCAUUUGUCCUCUCCAAUGUAUAUGUACAGAGAGGCACAGGCAUGUGGACUGUUCAGGCAGAAACUUGACUACAUUACCAUCUGGACUGCAAGAGAAUAUUAUACAUUUAAACCUGUCUUAUAACCACUUUACUGAUCUGCAUAACCAGUUAACACAGUAUACCAAUCUGAGGACCCUGGACAUUUCAAACAACAGGCUUGAAAGCCUGCCUGCUCAGUUACCUCGGUCUCUCUGGAACAUGUCUGCUGCUAACAACAACAUUAAACUUCUUGACAAAUCUGAUACUGCCUAUCAGUGGAAUCUUAAAUAUCUGGAUGUUUCUAAGAAUAUGCUGGAAAAGGUUGUCCUCAUUAAAAAUACACUAAGAAGUCUCGAGGUUCUCAACCUCAGUAGUAACAAACUUUGGACAGUUCCAACCAACAUGCCCUCCAAACUACAUAUCGUGGACUUGUCUAAUAAUUCUUUGACACAAAUCCUUCCAGGUACAUUAAUAAACCUGACAAAUCUCACACAUCUUUACCUGCACAACAAUAAGUUCACAUUCAUUCCAGACCAAUCUUUUGAUCAACUCUUUCAGUUGCAAGAGAUAACCCUUUACAAUAACAGGUGGUCAUGUGACCACAAACAAAACAUCACUUACCUACUGAAAUGGAUGAAGGAAACAAAAGUCCAUGUGAUAGGGACUCCAUGUUCUACCCAAAUAUCAUCUUUAAAGGAACAUAACAUAUAUCCCACACCUUCUGGAUUUACCUUGAGUUUAUUCACUGUAAGUGGGAUGCAGACAGUGGACACCAUUAACUCUCUGAGUGUGGUAACUCAACCCAAAGUGACCAAAAUACCCAAACAAUAUCGAACAAAGGAAACAACGUUUGGUGCCACUCUAAGCAAAGAUACCACCUUUACUAGCACUGAUAAGGCUUUUGUGCCCUAUCCAGAAGAUACAUCCACAGAGACUAUAAAUUCACAUGAAGCAGCAGCUGCAACUCUAACUAUUCAUCUCCAAGAUGGAAUGGUUACAAACACAAGCCUCACUAGCUCAACAAAAUCAUCCCCAACACCCAUGACCCUAAGUAUCACUAGUGGCAUGCCAAAUAAUUUCUCUGAAAUGCCUCAACAAAGCACAACCCUUAACUUACGGAGGGAAGAGACAACCACAAAUGUAAAGACUCGAUUACCUUCUGAGGCAAAAGCUUGGAAAGUAAAUGCUUCAUUUCUCUUAAUGCUCAAUGUUGUGGUCAUGCUGGCUGUCUGAGGGUCUGCAUUUUCUGAAUCUACUGAAAGCACUCCUCCCUGAUGUACAGUUGGGAAAAUAUGUCCAUAUCUAACCAGUGAUUCAAGCUAUAUUAAGUAUUCAAGAAAGCCAGUCUUAACAUUUCUGACUGUGAUGUAACUGAAGUAACUUGUCUUAAAUAAAAGAAAUGCACAAUGUCUUGGUACUUGCUGCUAUUUUACUGUCUUAAUUAAGUAAACUAAUGAGUUUCUUUUUAAAAAAAAAAAAAAAAAACAUUUUCUCUUUAAAGCUUCAAUUUACUGCACAAAAUAUAAAGCAUCUAAACUUUAAUAUGUAUUUUAUGUAUGUUUACACUGUCAAACAUCUGGGAAAAAAAUAAAAGGUCUAUGCUCGUAA